GCAGUGACGAAAACAGGUUAGCUAACCGAUGACGUUCAGCGGAAGUGACUUCGCCGAGCGGAAGCACGUGUGGGGCUCAUUAGUGACCGAGAGACGGCGGCGGGACGAGAAACCGGGGAACGAGAAGCCUCAACAAGUCGGUUGAACGCAAAUUAAGAAAAAGGUAAGACGACCAACAUCAAGAGAAAAAGCUUCUCCAGUUGUCCUGCGCAGUAAACCAUGCCUGCAGACAUUAACAAAGGCAAGAAGACGUUUGUCCAGAAGUGCGCCCAGUGCCAUACUGUGGAGAAUGGUGGGAAGCAUAAGGUCGGGCCCAACCUUUGGGGUCUGUUCGGACGCAAAACGGGCCAGGCUGAAGGCUACUCCUACACUGAGGCCAACAAAAGCAAAGGCAUUAUCUGGGAUGAGGACACCCUGAUGAUUUAUUUGGAGAACCCCAAGAAAUACAUUCCGGGGACAAAGAUGAUCUUCGCUGGCAUCAAAAAGAAGAAUGAACGGGCUGACCUUAUUGCCUAUCUUAAGUCUUCAACUUCAUAAAAGGACUCUUCGUCUGUGCAUCUUUGCCAGUUUUUGUGAAUUGACAAACUGCUAAAGAGGCCAGGACUUGUCAUUUUUUUUCAAGUUCGAGCAGAACAGCAAGCAGACUGAGUGGUUGUUGGCGUAAUUUGCCGUCUUUGUCACAGCUGUACCUCUGCUUCUGAUGCGAUCCUCUGUGGUGGAGGAAAUGAUAUCCCCUGUUUUUAACAGGUUACUUUUCUAACAUAAAUUAUUAAACCAUAUACUGUGUAUUCUGAAUAUAGACUGUAAACUGUGUUAUGUUUGCUAAUUUACUGUAAUCUAGUUUUUUGUUUCUCCAUAAUUUCUUGGUUUAUAAUUCAAUUCUCCAAAUAGAAUUUAAUAUGCCUUUCUCCCUCUGAUUUGAAGAUACCUCAUUAGUCUUUUUAUUGUGUCAUUUUUGAAUCUGCAACUUGAAUAAAACUGACACUAAACAGGA